GUCACAAUGGCACCCUUUAGUAUUGCUAAAUUGGAGGCUCGGCUGCCAUUGCUUUUCCUUUGUUUAACACUCUGCAUGUCUGCGCUUGACUUCGCCGCAGCAACAAUCCAAGGAUACAUUGGAGAAAAUGACCCGAUAUGCCCAUCUGUUUGCAGGUGCGAUGAAGACUUUAUUUACUGUAAUGAUCGUGGCUUGAACUCCAUCCCUUCGCUGCCUGCUUCGGCAUCUGUCCUCUACCUUCAAAACAACCAGAUAAACAACCCGGGCCUUCCCACUUCCUUAGAACGCCAGCUUACUGUACGUGUUGUCUACCUCUAUGAUAAUGAACUGGAUGAAUUCCCCGUGCAUUUGCCGCCAUCUGUCCGUGAGCUGCAUUUGCAAGACAAUAACAUCCGCACUAUUCCUCGUAGCGCUCUGGCUCGGAUGCCUCUACUGGAGAAGCUCCAUUUGGAUGACAACUCUAUUUCAACCGUCAGUAUUGAAGAGCAGGCUUUCGCAGAUAACCCACGACUGCGCUUACUUUUCCUUUCCCGUAAUCACCUGUCUAGUAUCCCGUCAGGAUUGCCCGCAUCUCUGGAAGAACUCCGUUUGGACGACAACCGAAUCUCCACUAUCCCAACCCAUGCCUUCCGUGGCCUCACCUCACUCAGAUGUCUUGUUUUGGAUGGUAAUCUUUUGGCAAAUCAGCGCAUCGCUGACGACACCUUCUCACGUCUCUCCAAUUUGACAGAGUUGUCAUUAGUUCGUAACUCCCUUCAGACUCCGCCCGUCAACCUUCCCAGUGCUCAUCUCCAGCGUCUAUCUCUGCAAGAGAAUGCCUUGAUUCACAUGCCUCGUGGUUCUUUAGACGGCAUGCGUAGGCUGCAAAGGCUAGACCUCUCUGGAAAUAAUCUAACUACCCUGCCAAGAGGACUGUUCAAAGAUUUAGACAACUUAGGUCAGCUGUUGGUGCGAGGUAAUCCUUGGCACUGUGGCUGUAAUUUGCGAUGGCUAUUUGAUUGGUUACAUGUCCGUGGUAACUCAGUCACAGUAAGAGGUCUUACCUGCCACGGACCUGAAAGGGUGCGGGAUAUGGCUCUAAAAGACCUGUCGACUGAGAUGGAGGAAUGCGAAGUAGUUAGGACAGCUGGGACUAAAGACAAAGCAGGUCUUGGCGGAGUAGACAGUUCUACCACCAACGUACCUCCCCAAGGGUCCCUCUUUACUCUCCGGUCAAAGCGACCUGGUCUAGGAUUUCCAGACUCUGGCUUGGACUAUACACUCAGUAGCAGUGGCGUAGGGAAAAGUCUGGCUCUCAAUGUUAAGCCUCUUUCUCACAGUAGUGUGCGCGUUACAUGGAGUGUAGCACAGCCAAGUUCUUCCUUCAGGCUGAGUUGGCUUCGACUAGGUAUCGGUAAUGCCAUGGGGUCAAUCACUGAGACCUUGGUCAGGGGCGAUCGCCGUGAGUACAUGCUUACUUCCUUGCAACCGCGCUCGAGCUACAUCAUCUGUAUGGUGCCCAUGCCUGGCAGCUCAGAGAGUAAAGGGCCAACUUCAGGAGAAUCUGACUCCGAUGAAGCUCUGGUGUGUGCGAAAGCUGAAACCUCUGAUCUCAUUCCAUCUGAGGAAGACGAAGAUAAUAAUUCACAGCCCAUUACGGUGCUGCCCUUGACAGGGAUUAUUGGCGGAGCUACAGCAAUUGUAUCUUUGGCCCUUAUUUUUGCCAUAUUUUGCUGGUAUGGGCACAGGAGUGGUCACCUGUGUUCCCGAGACCAUUACACUCGCAACAGCUCCCGCAAAAGCAAGAAUUAUGACGACUAUAUUGAGUCAGGCACCAAGAAAGACAAUACCAUAUUAGAGAUCCGUGGUCCAGGGUUACAGAUGACACCAAUGGCAGCUUGCCAGCCCAUGCAACCUAAACCGCUACAAGAAGAUUACAUCAUUCAUACCAUAUUCCCAUCGAAUGGCACUGGCCUGUACAAAGGUGCCAAUCAUAUGUCUAAUAUGAGGCAAAGCAUCAACAGGGGUUAUAGAGAAGGAGGAAUCCCAGAUAUAGACUAUUGUUACACAUGA